AUGGCCGACAAGGGAUUUGAAGCCCAUCAAGCAAAGAUCGCGGAGGUCCAGGCCAUGUUGGAGAAGGUGAACAAGGAGAUUAGGGAGAUGGAAGUAACCUUGAUGCUGCUCGAAUGCAUCGGAAAUGAAGAUAAGAUCAAUAGCCUUAGCGAUGCCGAUUGGAAUGACGUGAUCGACUUAGCCCAGAAACAAAUGCUGGAACUCCGUCGAAACGUAGCCAAUCCGAACCUUCAGGAUUCUGAAGAAGCUGAUCAACCGCCGCCACCCGGAGAAGGAGUUGACCCUGGUCUGGCUCCUGCUCUGGCCGACGGCGAAAAGGUUAAGGUUCCGGCGGAGACUGUGGUUGAUGGUGAUGAUGCACCAACCAAGAGUGGCUAA